CGGCGUUCUCGGAGGACUACUACUACUCGGUGCGAGGACCCCAGAGAGGCAGCAUGGCGGGCCCGGCGGAGUUUGAGUCGUGGCUGUGUUCACGGCUGGACGCGCUGCAGGUGGACCGGGACGUUUAUGGAACUUAUAUCCGCAGCCUGCUGGAGGAGGAGGAGAGCGAGGCGGAGCGCCUGGAGGUUCUGAGGGCCACUCUGUCCGCUGUGCUGGAGGAUGACACACUUGAGGAGGUCUGUCAGCAGAUAUUAAAACAGUGGACAGACUGCUGCUCUCGAUCCGCAGCGGCCGGCAGCCACCCAGAAGAUGAGGUUCAGGCCAUUGCCAGUCUGAUAGAGAAGCAGGCCCAGAUUGUGGUCAGACAGAAGGAAGUGACUGAGGAGGACAAGAAAAGGAAAGAAGCAUUACUUGCCCAAUACGCCAAUGUCACAGAUGAGGAAGAUGAGGGCGAUGAAGCAGAGGAGCUCGGAGCUGUGGCAAUCCCCAGUGACAAAUCCCUCUUCAAGAACACCAACGUGGAGGACGUCCUGAAUCGGCGCCGGCAGCAACGUGAGCAGGCGAAGGAGGACGCACAUAAGAAGAAGGAGCAGGACAAGAUGCAGAGGGAGAAAGACAAGCUGACAAAACAGGAGCGCAAGGAGAAGGAGAAGAAACGCACACAGAAGGGGGAGCGCAAAAGAUAGACGGGAGACGCAUCAGUGGAAUCCAUUUUUGGACUACAUAGAUUCUUUACUGAGAAAACAAUGUCACCUCUGCAGGCUGUGUUCUGAUGUAAGGUGUCGGCUCCCAGUUGAAUAUUUUUCUACAAGUGACGUGUCGCUCUGCUGGGGUAUUGUAACCCAGGGCCUGAUUGACUAAAGCCAUAGCACACAUGCAGUUACUGAUCAUGUCCAUCCAAACCCAACAACAGUGCUUCUCAGUUCUCAGUCUAGGUCUAGUGACCCAGUGGAUUGCAUAUUAGUGGUUUUCCUGCUCAAAAACAUUUGGCUUAUUUUGUGAAGAUACUGGGGUUGGACUUAGGAACAGCUGAAGGUAAAGUUAUGAAGGUUCUUAAAUUGAGAAAAUGAGAAUUUACUGAUUUUUUUCAACACGUCUGCGUAAUUAAGUUCUGAGAAGUCUUUCAGGGUGGUUUGAUGUGAAACGCUUCAUUGUAGAAAAACUUGCCAACCUAGUUUUAUGUACAGUGAUAGUGAUUGGAACCAGAGGUCGCCAUGUCUAACACAAAUAAUUUUAUGACAUCCUAAAUGACCAGUGAUCCUGCCCACAUCUUCUGAGUUUUAUUAUACUGCCGAUGAUGAUGAUGAUGAUGAUGAUGAUGAUGAUGAUGAUGAUGAUGAUAAAUCAGAAAAAAAUUGUUUCUCUUCUGUACCUUUCUGCCAUGAAUGGAUUACUGAUCAGUGUAAAAAUAUUUUAAUAAUUUAAGGUCAAAAUCUUAACUGAUGUCUCAAGUAUCAGGAAGUGUAUUCAAAACCAUUUCAUGUUAUAACUUCCUCUGAGGUAUCUUGUAGAGGCAAUGAAAGCUUUAGACAUUUGGUUCUGGCCACCACCACUGUGAACAAUUCUAACCUAGUAAGUUUCUCUAGAAUGUAGCAUUUCACAUCAAACCACUCUGAAUUACUUCUUUGCAUCUUGACAAUUAAGUCAGACUAAUUUGAAAUAUAAAUAAAUUGCUUUUUUUUGGGAAUUAAAAGGAAAGAAACUUUCAAAUAUUCUUUAAAGUGUGAGGUAAAGUGUGUAAUUUGUUCACAUUCUGACAUUCACUGUUUUCCUAAUUGACAAUUGUUUUUAGGUAAGAACACAACACACUUAAGCAGGAAGGUGCAAAUAAUUCUGCGGUUUAAGGAGACAAGAAUCUGACAAGGAUUUUUUUUCUUAGUACCUUUCUUAAGAACAGAUUUGAGAAAACUUCGGAAGAUAUCGGAGCUUGAGGCCCAUUUUUUUCAAGAAUGAAUCGCACAAAUGUUCUUGAGGAAAAAGCUGAGGUAUUUGAUAGUUUUAUGUCCGCUUUUCUUUCUAAUGAUCCCUGAUCAUUCAUUGAUUAGUUGAACCAGGUCUUUGAAAACAGGAAGAGAACUGUGAAUGUUAGGUGCGUCGGGUCGUAAGGACUAACACUAAGAACCACUUAAGUGUCAUGACUGAGUAAUGAGUUUAUCAUGAAUCAGCGAUCACUAAUCAGGUGACUAGAAUUUACUGACUUUUUUAACAUACUCAGCGCCACUUGCUUUAGUAAAUCUGGCACGUUAUUUCAUUAAGCAUGAACCUGAAUGGUGUAAAGCCUCUUUGUUUAUCAUAUAAAGGUUUUUUGUUUUUCUUUAAAAGAUUGAGAGCCCAUACAUGCCAUUAUGUUGAAGCUGCUUCUUGGAGGUAAACCUGUGUGCUUUCCUCUUUGUGUUAUCUGGGUAGGUCAACAUGAGAUCCAACAGAAAUGGCACACAGGAGUGGUCUUUUUGCUUUCAGCUAACCUGCUUAAAAGCCUUCCCAAACUUGAAACUGCCACAAGCCGCCUUUACACGUAGCAAUACUCAAAGCGUGCUCACAAAUGACUCAAAAAGGUGAGCUGUCUGCUUACAGAUAAACGGGGACUGGACAUUAAGACACUAAAUAGCAUAUGGUGUUCUAUGGUCAUGUUUUUUACGCUGUUGCUUUUUCCUGUUGUGUCCAAUACUGAUGAGUGACACACAAUGAAUUUUUGUGUAUUUAGAAAACCUUUUGACUCAAAACAUAAUUAUUACAGAGGCUAAUGGGCAGUUGCUAAAGAAAGUGAUGGAGCACCUGCGCACUGGUUUCUGUUGUGUGUUGAUGCAACUUUUCUGUUCUUUUUCACUGCAUGAAUUAUCUUGGCAAGCUAAAAGAUUGCAAACCUAGGUAAUAUACAUCAUUUUGAGACUGCUGUAAUAGUAAAUUAUUCUACUUAUUUUAGUAUGUAUUUUAUCUUGUUUUCAGACAUUUUGUCCAGAGAAUUUUAUUCUGUUGGCAGAUAAUUGUAGUUUUUCCAGAAAUUAUUGAAGUUAAUCUGCCAGGAGUAAGAAUUUCACUAGAUAAAAUGAUUGAAGGAAGUAAAAAAAACUUUUAGAAAUUAAAUAACCCUUAAAUUCUUAUAACAGUCUGGAAAUGAGAAAUAUUAGAUAUUUUCCAUACAAUUGAAUAUUUAAUUUUCCAAGAUAAUUUUAUGUAAGAUAACUUAAUUUUCCUUUUUUUUUUUCUAAAUACAGGGAACUGUGUCUGUCGUCCUGGUAAUGAAACUAAUGCUACAGAUGCAGCUAAUCAAGGUUAGGUUAAAAAAUGCUAGUGUGUUUGUGGUAUUUUACUGUUAAAGCAGAAAAGAGGAUUGUGUAUUUUCCUAACGUUUGUUUGAAGCUGCUACAUGUGCCAAUCCGUACCUCGCAGAAUGCCUUCUUAUGCACCAUGUGGGCUGCACUGUAUACACAUGGACCCUUGUGACCCCUUACUGUCCUUUAAUCAACAUGCUAAGAAUGUGAGGGGUAAUACUCAGACAAGCAAAGGCAUUCUGCAAGUCAGUUACACAAACAUUUUUUUCCUUCCAGACUCUACUUGUUUUUCUGAAAUGUUUUGUAGUGUGAGAUCUUAUUUGAUUACUGACUUAUUCUUUUGUUAACGAUUUUGUUUUAAUGAACUGAUUUUGGGAAUAUUGUGGUCCCGUCGUCCCGUCCCGCCCCUACCCCCCACCCCCACCCCUGAUGCAAUUCUUACAAUGGGUGCAUUUUAAUACCUUUCCAAAUAACUAUAAAAAUUGCAGUGAAGCAUCAGUUUGGGUUUUGACUUUAUUGUUAUACUGUAUAAUUUAUUUGUAGUAGUAACUGAUAACAAAAAGAGGACCAAUGCAACAUUAAUCAGGAACCGAAACAUUAAAAUGUGUCGUGAACAGUGACAGUCCCUGACAA